AUAAACAAAAAUAAGAAUAGAAUGAGGUUAAAUAAAUUGUAAUUGUAUAAUAAUGAAAUAUUGUCGAAUAAACAUUCCUAAGGCUUUGUUUCUUAUAAUUUCUGUAUUUUUAAACAACAUUAACAUAACACUCAUGGCAGACAACAACAUGGAAAAAGAAUCCAAGCAGCCUGCCGUCAAAAAUCUAUCCAACUCGGAAGUAUCGUACGCACCAAAACACUAUUUUCCGGACACUUUACACUGCGAAUCCGAUAGAGAAUGUCACAGUCUAAAUCCACCAUGUAUCUACUGUAAUUUAAAUCCUAAUUGUAUAUACGGAGAGGAGGUCAAUGUUAGUUGUAAUGUAAAUCAAUUAGUUCAAUGCAAAGGUGAACACAACUUUCAGCGUUCGUUCCAAUGCCGAUACUGUUACCAGACGGAACUUUGGGAGCAUGCUUGCGAAUUGAAGGCUAACUGCAAUUCGGCAGCGACACCUCCUGCAUAUUACCGUAGCAACUGCACUGUCAAUGAUGAUGUUCUUUGUUUGGGGCAUCGCACAUUCUUUAAAAAUAUUCGCUGCAAUUGGACGGGCGGACGUCGAUGGUCCUCUGCGCUAAUUCUAAGCGUAGUUUUGGGAGGAUUUGGUGCAGACCGCUUUUAUUUGGGUCAUUGGCAGGAAGGCAUAGGAAAAUUGUUUAGUUUCGGCGGAUUAGGUGUUUGGACGAUUGUUGAUGUUAUACUUAUAUCGUUACAUUAUUUAGGUCCUGCAGAUGGCUCUUUGUACAUAUAACUUUGUUUUAAUAAUAAUAAUAAUAAUACGGAGUAGAUAUUUAUUUUACACAGCUGCGAAGAACUCACUUGUUAGGUGCCACAAUUGUGGACUUGCGCUUCCCAGGGUACUAGCGAACCCUUCUCGCAUGAGUGCGGAGA